CGCGCGAGGGGCACGGGCACCAUGCCGGGCAGCGACACGGCGCUGGCCGUGGACAGGACCUACUCGGACCCGGAGCGGCACCGGCGCCGCAAGACGAGGGUGGAAAGACAUGACAUGAAUACCCUGAGUUUACCGCUUAACAUUCGCCGUGGAGGUUCUGAUACCAACCUGAACUUUGAUGUACCAGAUGGUGUCCUAGAGUUUCACAAAGUCAAACUCAGUGCAGAUAGCUUGAAACAGAAAAUUCUCAAGGUUACAGAGCAAAUCAAGGUUGAACAAACAGCUCGAGAUGGAAACGUGGCUGAGUAUUUGAAACUGGUAAACAGUGCAGACAAGCAACAGGCCGGGCGCAUUAAACAGGUCUUUGAGAAAAAGAAUCAGAAAUCUGCCCACUCCAUUGCCCAGCUGCAGAAGAAAUUGGAACAGUAUCACAAAAAGCUCAAGGAUAUUGAACAAAAUGGAUCUUCCAAAGCUACCAAGGAUACUUCCAAAGAUAACUUGAAAGAUAUUCAACAUGGAAAGUCUCGUACCACUGGGCAUGGAACAGAGAGCAGCAAGUCGGGUGUGCCAGGUGUAUCUUUGACACCACCUGUCUUUGUUUUCAGCAAGUCUAGAGAGUUUGCCAACCUGAUCCGAAACAAAUUUGGGAGUGCAGACAACAUUGCUCAUCUCAAAAAUACCCUGGAUGAAUUUCGGCCAGAAACGAGUUCCAGAACAUAUGGGGGCAGUGCCACCAUUGUUGCCAAACCAAAAUAUGUUAGUGAUGAUGAAUGCUCAAGUGGGACCUCUGGAUCAGCAGAUAGUAAUGGAAAUGCUUCUUUUAGUCCUGCUGUGGCAAGUACCCUGGACAGCCAAGGAAAGCUUUCCAUGAUUUUGGAGGAACUAAGGGAAAUCAAGGAGACUCAGUCCCAAUUAGCUGAUGAUAUUGAGAAUUUAAAAACACAAUUUAAAAGAGACUAUGGCUUUAUUUCUCAGAUGUUACAAGAGGAAAGAUUUAGAUACGAAAGAUUGGAGGACCAGUUAAAUGACCUCACUGAUCUUCAUCAACAUGAGACAGCAAACUUGAAACAAGAGCUAGCCAGCAUAGAGGAGAAAGUGGCGUAUCAGGCAUAUGAGCGAUCACGAGAUGUUCAGGAAGCCUUGGAAUCAUGCCAGACCCGGGUGUCCAAACUGGAGCUCCAUCAGCAGGAACAGCAAGCACAGCAGUCUGAAACAGUUAAUGCCAAAGUGCUCCUGGGGAAAUGUAUAAAUGUUAUCCUGGCCUUCAUGACUGUCAUCUUAGUGUGUGUUUCUACUAUUGCAAAGUUCAUUGCUCCUAUGAUGAAGAGCCGCUUUCAUAUCAUCUGCACUUUUUUCGCAGUGACGCUGCUGGCAAUAUUUUGUAAAAACUGGGAUCAUAUAAUUUGUGCCAUAGAAAGGAUGAUUAUACCAAGAUGAAGCCGUUGGACUUUUUUUUUUCUUUUUUCUUUUUUUUUUUUUUUUCAUUUUCUUCCCCUCCCUGUUUUUUAAGCACUGUGUGUAUACAAAUUCUGGUGUAAAUGCAUAAAAGCAUAUUCGUUGGCAGUCAGUUGUUCAAUCUGAUUUUGUCUAACUGGCUAUGUCUGUGAUGAACUGCUCACUUAAGUCAGUCUUCUGCCUUAAUACAAAAUGUUGUCCACUUUACAAACCCACACCCACAAAAGAUGGUAUGAUGGUCUGGGAGGAAUCCCAGCAACUGCAAGUGUCAGCUGUGCUUUUUACUAGGCUGGAGUGCAAAGAGUGUGACAGGAGGGAGUCCCAUAAUGUGUAUCGGCCCUGUUAGACUCAUAAAUUAAUUUCUCUCUGAAUCCAACUGGAGUAACAAGCCAAAUUGUGCUGUCAUAUGUAUUACUAGUUCUUGAUUCUAAAUUAAUGAGUAUCUGUAUAUGGAGUUUCUAGUUUUCAGGACCAAUGAAACUCGAUGCUUCUGCUAGUAACUUUUUGCACAGAGUUUAUUGUUUGUAAAUUAGACCAAUGAUGACUAUUGACCACAGUUAGCAGUUGUUCAUUCUGGCACUGUUCCUUAUCACAUUUGGGAAACACAUACAUGUGGCAUAAGACUUCCAAAGAUGGACUGAAUGGAAUGAUAAGAUCUCCAGACCACUUUGUAAAGGAGUAAAGAAGCAAGUAGCUGGUAGUUGUUAUCCAGACCAGUGCACUUGCUUCAACCCUUGUAACCUGCAGGGGGAAAGAAGUACACAGAAAGGCAUCACUGAGGUUAGCCUUUGUUAGCACUGAAUUGCUGGGGUGUUCUGACUUGAUGCAAAGCAUAUAGGUGACUCUGGGUACAGUGGAUUUCUUUCUUGUGUCAGAUUAAAGAAUGUGGCAGAAACCUGAAUGAAACGCUUCUUAGGGGAGCAGGGAGUUAAACUUCUGUAAAUAUACAAACUGCAGACUCUCUUGACAAACAUUCCUGAAAAUAAUGUAUUAACAUGCAGUACUACUACUAGGAGACAGGGUUGGGUUUGUUUUCUCACUGGAAUUUAUUUUGCUUGAUUUAAGAACUGCAAAAAAAUUUCCCUGAAAUCUGCUUGGCUUUCAGCCACGAUGUAAAACAAGAUCUUUAUUAAAAACAAACAAACAAAAACCACCACAAAACAAACCACCACAACGACAAUUCUUCUCCACUCUCCAUUAAAUGAAAAGAUAGUGUCUCCAGUUAUUUGAUGUUCAGUGUUACUACCUGUGAAAAUAAUUGUCAUGACAGAUUUUCUUUUCAGUUGCAGUAUUUUCUAUGCUGGUAUUACAGGAGGGAGGGAGAGGCUUGGUGUGUGUAUUUGUUUUUAAUCAAGUGCAAUAUUUGCUGUAGAAGUUGUGAGGACCUUAUUCUGAGGAAAGGGAGUGGGGGAGGGAGAGGCAGGGGAAGAACUUUGACAUUUUACCAUGAUUGGAUUAACAGUGAAUAGUUACUUUUUGUGGUUUCAGGAACUGAAGAAAGGACAGAAUUAACUUCAUAAAUAAUAAUAUGACUCAGCAAUUAGAAAAUUCAAUUAAAACACUUAAAAAAUUUUUAAAGAAUUCUUUAUAUGUACUACAUCUUCGAACAGAGAAUUCAGGAAGGACUGUGCUGGUUUGCAGGCGCCGGAACUGGAUCAGGUCAGGCACACCCAUGUUAUCCUAACCCAGCCCCACCUCGUCUCAGAGCAUGGUGGAGUGGAAGCAAAAGUCCUGCUGAGAGAAAUAUGACUUUUAAGAGCCCAGACUUGCCGAUUGGUUUAUCCCUGACUGUGUCAGGAAAAAUGAUUAUAUAGAUACAUUAUUCUUUUCAUUUUUUUUUCUCUUUACUCCUGUAUUCCUGGUAUCCCCUGAAGAAGGAAAGAUGUAUUGUGCUAUGCAGAAAACUUUUCUGCCUUCCUUGCUACAUGUGCUCCUGCUGCUGUUCAGUUCAGGGAGACCUUCCCAUGUCUCUUAACCCAUUUUGUCACUGUAUUGCGUGCAUUGCAACAGGCAUUCACCCCCACCUUCCAAGCAGCUGUACUUGGCCUCCUUUUACAGCCAGCAGAUAGACUGAGGGCACUGCUUCCACUGAGGCAACUCAUAAACUUAUCUUCCCAGGAAAGUCCCUUCCACAAUGUUAGAAAAAUUAAAAAAGCAGCAGCUUUUGCCUGACUUUUACAUCACAAUAAAGGUUUUCCUUGGUGGGUUUUUGUUUCCUUUUGAUGUUUUCUCAGAUCCUCUUGGUUUUUUCCAUGGCUUUCUUACAUUGUGGUCCUAUCUUCAUUUUGAAAAGGCAUAUAAUGAUAUAAUGGGUUUUUUUCCUUUUUUUUCCCCAUUUCUUUAGCUAAUGAAUGUAGUUUUAUUCAGAGCCCUUUCCUUUCUGAAGUCUUUUCCUAAACUCCACCACCCAUUUUACUAAUCAGCCCUAUGACUCUCCCACUCCCUCAUUUCCCUAGUCACAUGAUUAUACAUCCAUUACCAAAACCAAACAAAAAGAAUCCUAGUUCUGAUCCUAAGAAUGCUGUGAUGCUUCAUGGUGUUUUCUUGCCAUCUUUAUUAUAAUCUUCAUUCUUAUAUUCAGCUUGCAAAGCUACCUUCUGUUUUGGUCUCUUGAGAAAACAGUUUGUUUAGCGUUUUGUUAAAUGAGUUCAGAAGGUUAGAUGUGCAAGAAAGGAAUGCCACCUGUUAAUAAUGUGUAUGUAAGAAAAUCUCCUUUGCCUGUUGCAUGAUUAUAUGUUUAAAGAGAUAAUCCUCCCAGUGCUAGUUUAUGUAGUUAAGUGUUACAUCAGGUAGUCUCAAGGUCAGGUGUAUUUUUCUUGUAACAAGGGAAGCUGGUAUUGUACAACCUGGGACCAUGAAGGCCUCUGCUCCAAGGGCAUCCUAUUGCAAUUCUGGAAGACAGCCUCAGUGCAAAAUGAGGGUAGAAUGUAAAAUCAAUGGCUCUACAAAAGAUUGGUCACUAUCUUGAUAGAAUCUGUGUUCAAAUUGGAAACAGGAAGAUCUUGCAUUUCCAUAUUAACUUUACAUCUGGCAGAGGACACAGAAAAAGAUAAAAAAACUGCAUAAUAUUAGUUAUGCAAAUUAAAACAACUCUAACUGGUGAAUGGGCACAUCAAUUCUCUAUUUUCUCUGCUGGAUUUAAAUCACUGGAGGAUGUGGCACACAUCAAGUAAAUAAUAAAAUAGUGAAGGGCAAAAGCUUGCUUUUGAGUGAAACUGCUAUAGUUUUGCACAGAGUAAGGCUGCAGUGCCAGGAACCCUGCCAAGUGGAAGCCACCCAAGGGGAGAGGAGUCUCCCCUUCUGCCAUCACCCCUCCAUUUCCUACCUUGUGCUAACACUGGUGUGUGGUGAAGUCUUCCAUAUGCCAUGUUAGUUCACUAGACUGGAAGAAAACCUUGGCGUAAGAGAUGUAUGGUUCUGCACAUCUAGAUAUUAAAGGGCUGGUAGAAAGAUCUCAUGAGUAUGAAGCAAGGACAAAAAGGGAGAUGAGGCUUUUUCUUUCUUGCUGCAGUGAAUCAUUAGCUGCCCAUAAAACCGGGCAGCUUCAGUGUAGAAAAGUUCUUCCUAGCAUUUUCCUACAGGGAACAGAUACAAACACUACCAGGAUGUGGUGGGACAGGCUAGCAAGCUGUUAGAUCAAGAGCAGGAUCAAGAGCAGACUGGUGCCUGUGCCAUUAUCUUCGGUACUGGGAUCACUUCCUCUCUCUAGACUGGGAUUAUGUGAAUGUACAUAUCUGGCCUGCAGUCAGAGCUCUGCUUACCAUGAAAGUAUGAGUAGGCCAACCCAGAGAAUUGCAAGACCUCUUAAGGAGAACUCUGUUCAGCUUCUCAAGGAAUUAACCAUGUUCUGUCAGGAUACAGUUUGCUUUUAUGUUCUCAUACAACACAUUAGACAUUCUUAGGAUAUUUCUUACACCUGCUCAUCAUGAGCCUCUAAAAUACUCCUACUCAACAAAAAGUUGCCAGGUAGUGUCUUUUUUGCUUGGUGCUGCCUGGUAGUCAAUUAUUUCACUUCACUUUGACAGUAGUUCUCUGAUGGAAAAGCCCCUCAAUUAGUUGUUCAUACUGUUCAGUAGGCUGUUGGCAGCUUUUUGUUCAGAGGGUUCUGGAGAUUAAUUUCUUAGGAAAGUUAGCACAAUUUUCCUGAUUUCUCCCACUUCAGCUUUCAGCACUAAAUGAGGCUUUCUCUAAAACUUGUUGAAUGGAUCCCUCUGCUAGCUUCAACUAGCUUCAGCUCUGUUACUGUUGAAUGUCCAAUUAGUGAUUGGUGGGACUGAAUGAGACUCAGUUUAAAUUUCUUCGCCGUUCUGCUUUACAUUAUAUGCAUUCAUGCAACUUCUCAUUUUAUUGCACUCCUGUGAUAUGAUAUCUACUUGUUCUGAAUUCUUAUAGAGCCACUAUAAAAUCUCACUGCAUUUUAGUUUAAUAUUAAAAUGCUUGUGUUAUGCAGUGCCUCUGCUGCAGGACCAUCACAUAUAGAUCCGAUAUCUGCUGUCCAUGAAGGAUAUUUAAAAGCCAGUGGUUUUCUUUGAACAAAUCAUAACUGCUUAUCUGGGGAAUAGAAAUUCAAUAGGUGAAUACAAUUUGCUGUAGGAAAGAUACAUGAUACACUGACUAGAACUGAAGCUAGACAAAUCCACUGUAAGCAUAAGCUUCAGUUUUGUAAUCAUAAGGGUUACAAACUAAUUAUUAGCUACUGAACAACAUAAUAAACAAGUACUCUAACACUUAAAGUUGAAUGCAGCUGUUCAAAAAGGUAUCAACUCAGGCUUAUGUUUGAUACAAUAUUAACUACAUAAUCACAGGUAGUGCUUUCUGGAAUCAAAAUCAAUUAAGAAGAAAUGUGGGAAAAAAAACAACCAACACAGAACCUUGAGGUUCAUUUAGGUGGUAUGAAAACCAACUUUUUUUUAUUUGCUUUUCUUUUUAUUUUGGGAAACCGAGUCCCUUUCCAAUAUGAUAAAGACAUUUUACUUCCAUAUUCAAUGGUACGACAGAAGGUAAACACAGAUUAUUGUAAUUAAACACUUUAAUUUAGAUAACAAAAUUUAAUCACUUCCAAAAGUCCAUCUAGGACUAGCAAUCAGGCAAAUUUAUUCUCUAUUUUUUUAAUCAAGCAAAUAUUUAUCUGCUUUCUUCAUUUACCAUCAUGCCAGAACAUGGCCUUAAUUAAUUAUAUUGCUUCCCUUUAAAGUACAAGAGAUUAUAAAGGACUUGUUUUCAGAUAAAGUUGGAAUGGUCUCUCUGAUCCUAAGUAGAAUCCUGCACAAAGAAUCAGACAAUUUUACAUUACAACAGUGAAAGACCAAGAAAAGUUUUGUUUUAGUCAGUGGAAUUGCUUAUUUUCCCUGAAAAAGCCGAGAUGAUGCUGUAUAUAAAGACUGCAUGAGGCCUAGUCAAACUGUCUUGUACGGUUGAUUUGCUGUAUGUUUAGCAUAUUAAGUUGUACUGUUGUUGGGAAGUUUUGCACAAAGCCACCUUUCCUUUUUACCCAGGGAAUCUGGGUCUGGUAGUAUCAAGGUGUACCAAAAACUGUCUGCUUUUAUUGACUAAAAUUAAUUGUCUCAGUGUGUCACCUGCAACGUUUCUCAUAUUAUUUCCAUUUUGUGCAGUACUGUGGAAAGAUGCAAUUACAAAAAUGUAAUUUUUGUAUAUUUGGUUGUGUAGUCAUGACUGCCUCUAAGGUGCCAUUAACAUUUUUUAAAAUAAAAAUAUUUACAUUUAUUUGAUUAUGAA